AUGGCUCCUCCAACUAUGAAAGCGGCCAUCUGCAAAGAGCUAGGCAAGCCCCUCAUAAUCGAACAAAUCCCGACCCCGACCCCCAACGCCCGCGACCUCCUCGUCCGCGUCAAAGUCGCCACCGUCUGCCACUCCGACACCGCCCUCAUCGACACCGGCCUCGGCAUGGCCACCUUCCCGCUGAUCCCAGGCCACGAAGCGAUCUCCGUCGUCGAAGACCUCGGCCCCGACGCCGCCGCCCACGGCUUCAAAAAGGGCGACCUGGUCGGCGCGCCCGCCUGGCACAAUAUCUGCUUCUCGUGCCGCGAGUGCGUCGAGAUAGGCCCCAGUUUCUGCACCCGCAAGCUGGUCAAGGGGGUGUCGUGCGAGGGGUAUUUCGCGGAGUAUACGCUCGUGGAUGCGGCGACGGCGGUGGUCGUGCCGGGUGGGGCGGGCGUGGAGGAUGCGGCACGGUUGUCGCCGCUGUUCUGUGCCGGGGUGACGGUCUGGGAUGCGCUGCGUCGGGCGCAGCUUCAGCCGGGGGAGGCGCUGGGGGUAGUGGGGAUUGGAGGGUUGGGGGAGAUUGCGGUGCGGUAUGCGCAGGCGCUCGGGGUGAGGGUGUUCGGGCUGGAUGUGAGUGAGCGGCAGUUGCAGGGGGUGGUGGAGAAGGGGGUUGUGGAUGGGGUGGUUAAUGUCAGGGGAUUGGCGCCGCUGGAGGUUAGAGGGAAGGUUGCGGAGCUGAAUGGGGGCAGGCCGCUGGAUGUCGUGGUUGUGACGGUGGGCGCGGUGCCGGCUUAUCAGAGUGCGUUGGCGAUGGUGAGGCCUGAGGGGAGGGUCAUUGCGGUGGGGAUUCCGGAGCAGGAUGUUCCUGUUUCGAUGGCGUUAGUUGCGACGCAGGCGUUGAAGGUUAUAGGCGGCAGGGUCCCGGAUCAGGUUGAUUGUGCGCGCUGUGUGGAUUUUUCAUUCCGCAAGGGCAUCUUUCCAAGGGUCAAUCCGCGGCAGUUCCAGCUGGAGGAUAUCAAUGAGAUGCUUGAUCUAAUGAGAGCUGGCAAGGUCGAAGAUGGACGGAUGGCCAUUCGUUUCUUCUAG